UCAUUGUUAUCAUUCAUCAGUUGAAUCAUUGAAUGUUGACCAGUGUCGACAACCAUCCCCUCUCCACUUCCAACAAACCAUCAACCUAACCUUCAAUUUAUUUAUUUUUUUUUUUUCUAAAUCAUAAACAAUUUUAUUCCUGCUGUGUUUACAUUCCUAGAUUAUUUAUAUUUAAAAAGCAGUAAUAAAUUGUUUAAUAUAAUUUUUUAAAUAUAAAUAUUAUCAUACAAUAUAAAAUAGAAAAAAUUCCAGACAAAAAUAAUUAAUUGUUAUGCAAUUUAUUGACAAAUAAAUAGUAUUAAAAAUAAUUAUUAUAUAUUUUUCAAGGUUAAGAUUUGAUAUUAAAUUGUAAUCAUGGGUUCUGAGGAGAGGUAUGUAACAGAAGUGCCUAGUAGUUUAAAACAAUUAGCACGUCUUGUUGUACGUGGUUUUUAUGCAAUUGAAGAGUCAUUAAUUGUUGAUAUGCUUGUUAGAAAUCCAUGUAUGAAAGAAGAUGACAUAUGUGAAUUAUUAAAAUUUGAAAGAAAAAUGUUACGUGCUAAAAUAUCAACACUACGUACUGAUAAAUUUAUUCAGGUACGUGUAAAAAUGGAAACUGGUAGUGAUGGUAAAGCACAAAAAGUAAAUUAUUAUUAUAUAAAUUAUAAGUCAUUUGUUAAUGUUGUUAAAUAUAAAUUACAUACGAUGGGUAAAAGAUUAGAAACAGAAGAACGUGAUUCAACAAGUCGUGCUAGUUUUAAAUGUACUGAAUGUUUUAAAACAUUUACUGAUCUUGAAGCUGAUCAAUUAUUUGAUCCAAUGACUGGUGAAUUUAGAUGUACAUAUUGUAAUUCAGUUGUUGAAGAAGAUCAAUCAGCAUUACCAAAAAAAGAAACACGUAUGUUAUUAGCAAAAUUAAAUGAUCGAGUUGAACCAUUAUAUCAAUUAUUACGUGAAGUUGAAGGUAUUAAAUUAGCACCAGAAAUACUUGAACCAGAACCAGUUGAUAUUAGUGUUAUAAGAGGUGAAUCACGUAAAUCUGGUUCACAACGUGGUAAUGAACAAUGGUCUGGUGAAGCAACACGUGGUGGUGGUUUUGCUGCUGAAGAUACUAGAGUUAAUGUUACAAUUGGUGAUGAUAAUGCAAAUAGUCAAAUAACAAAUCAAAGAAAAGAAACACCAAUAUGGUCGAGGGAAAGUACUGUAGUAACAAGUACAGAUAAUAUUAAUGAACAAACUAAUCAAGAUAGUAUAUUAGAUAAAGCAGCAUCAACAGCAACAAUAACAACAACAAAUAAUAAUAAACAAGAAGAUGAUAUUAUGUCUGUAUUACGUGCACAUGAAAAGAAAGGUCCAAAUAAUGCAACAGCUAAUGCUGUUAAAGCUGUAUUACCACAAGAAUCAAGUGAUAGCAGUGAUAAUGAAGACAUGCAUUACAUUGACACUCAACCAAUUGAUACUGGUAAUGUUGGUGUUAUGGACUCUGAAGAUGAAGAGGAUGAUGACUCAGUGCCAACUGUCACUGUUGCUGGACGUACUGUUUCAUUAACAGAUGUUAUUAGUGACGCAGCUUUAGUUGCUGAAAUGACACCUGAUGAAAAAGAAGCAUAUAAUCAAACUUAUCAAGAAUAUUAUUCACAUAUGCAUGACUAAAAUUUUAAAAAACAUUUUUUUAUUUCAUUUUUUUUUUCUUUAAAUUAUCAAACAAUUCAUCAUGAUAAAUAUACAUAUAUAUUUUCAAUCUUGUAAAAAAAAAAAAAGGAUUUUUAAUAUUCUAAUUGAAAAUGUUUUUGUAAAACAUUAAAAAAAAAUUAUUAAAAAUUUAUAAUUAAGACAAGAUUGUUUUUUUAUUUUUAAUCCAUCUUCAAUUUAUUUUAUAACAUACA